AUGCCAAUAAGACCAGAUCUCCAGCAGUUCGAAAAAUGCAUUGAUGAUGCCUUAAGAAAAAAUGAUUUCAAACCUUUGAAGGCUCUUCUACAAAUUGAUAUUUAUGAAGAUGUGAAAGUUAAGUGCAGCAAACAAUUUUUCCACAAGUUGGAUGAUCUUGUAUGCAGGGAGCUUAGUAAAAAGGAUGUCCAAACUGUUUCUACCAUUUUGAUUUCUUUUGGGAGAUGUGGCAGAAAUCUCAGCAUUUUGGGACAAGCUGGACUUCUAACCAUGAUAGAACAAGGGCUGGUCCACAAGAUGGUUACCUGGUUUGAAAAAUCCAAGGAGAUUAUUCUGAGUCAAGGAAAUUCAAAAGAUGAAACUGUUAUAAACAUGGUGGAAGACUUAUUUGAUCUUUUGAUGGUCAUACAUGACGUCAGUGAUGAAGGUAAAAGACAAGUAAUGGAAAAUUUCAUACCUCGAAUUUGUGCGCUGGUUAUUGACUCAAGAGUGAAUAUUUGUAUUCAACAGGAGACGCUAAAGAAAAUGAAUGCUAUGCUUGACAAAAUGCCUCAAGAGGCCAGGAAAAUACUCUCCAACCAAGAAAUGUUAAUACUCAUGAGUAAUAUGGGAGAAAGGAUUUUGGAAGCUGGAGAUUAUGACUUACAAGUAGGUAUAGUAGAAGCUUUAUGUAGAAUGACCACAGAAAAACAAAGGCACGAACUGGCAUGUCAUUGGUUUUCAAUGGAUUUUAUUGCUGAUGCAUUUAGAGGAAUUAAAGACUCUGAAUUCGAAACAGAUUGCAGGAUAUUUCUCAACCUUGUAAAUGGCAUGCUUGGCGACAAGAGAAGGGUCUUUACAUUUCCUUGUUUGUCAGCAUUUCUUGGUAAAUAUGAGCUGCAAAUACCAUCAGAUGAUAAACUGGAGGAUUUUUGGAUAGAUUUUAACCUGGGGAGCCAGACUCUUUCAUUCUACAUUGCUGGAGAUAAUGAUGACCAUCAGUGGGAAGCGGUCACGGUGCCUGAGGAGAAAGUGCAAGCAUACAGCAUUGAAGUGAGAGAAUCAAAGAAGCUACUGACUGUCAUUCUGAAAAACGUAGUAAAAAUUAGUAAAAGAGAAGGGAAAGAAUUGCUUUUGUAUUUUGAUGCAUCAUUAGAAAUCACUAAUGUGACUCAAAAAGUUUUUGGUGCAAGUAAAUAUAGGGGCACUCCUACCAAGAGAAAAAUGUCUGAAGCAUCCAUGAUUGUCCCUGGUUCAGAGAGAUACACUGUGAGAAGUCCGGUACUUUCAGUCAACACAUCAACACCACGAAGAGGAAGAAUUAAACCACCACUGCCAAUGAGGCCAGAAAAGCCUGGUGCUCCUGACACGUCACAACAUACGGGGGCUAAUGCUGCGCCCCUUGUCUCUCGGGCCUCCGAAGGAAGGACUAAAGGAGAUAAGGCAGACAAACAUGUCAAAGCUGCUCCAAUUGUAGAAAAGACGGAAAAUAAAGACAAAGAAUGCCCAAGUCAGAACCUCAAUGAACUCCAGGGGCUUGUUCCUGGUUCACAGGCAAUGGACAAGACAGAUAAACCCGCAUUACCUGGUGUUUUAGACAAAGUCUGUGGAAAUAAAAUGAACACGAAAUUGGCAUGUUGGACACCCGUAACAAAUAUCAAACUGUGCAGUGACCAGCAAGCAAGCCCUUCGUCAGGAGUCACGUGCAACCAAGAUAUGAUCAACAAAAAGCCAAUUAAGCAAGUAUCUUCCUCAAUAUCCGAUAAUUCUGAAGAAACAGAGAAGCUGCCGUAUAGAAAAGAAAUAAUGCAGUGUAAGAAAGUAGGGAAAGUAGAAGUCUGCGGGAGCAGCCGCGACAGGAGGGCGGCCAGCAAGCAGCAGGACUGGCGCGUGGAGUCCCAGACGGCCUUCCGGUCGGUGCGCCUCAACAGGACGGUGGAAGAGUCUCUGAUCUACAGGAAGAAGUACAUACUGUCCAGGGAUGUGAACACUGCUGCUCGAGCCGCAAGCCCUUCCAGGAACAGCGCCAAGGCUAACGGAAGGCCCCGGAGACAGCCGGCGGCUGCCCCGGGCGCCUGGGACUUGAGGCGGGAGAGAAAGAGAGAAAAAUCAAAAGAGGAAGGAUUUACUGGUGCAGCGGAUUCCUUGAUAAAACAGAUUAAUAACAGAUAUAAACCAAAGGAGGACAUGAAAUCUACAGGAAAAUUCAAGGAGACUUUGACUGACGGUGGUUUUUCAAACAAGCCUGAUCUGCCGCUCAGUAAGGAAAAGGUUCAGAAAAAAAGUUACAGACAACUGAAGACGACUUUUGUUAAUGUUACUUCUGAAUGCCCACUGGAUGAUGUGUACAAUUUUAACCUGAAUGGAGCUGAUGAACCAACUAUAAAACUUGGAAUUCAGGAAUUUCAAGCUACAGCUACAGAAGCCUGCGUGGAUGAUUCCAUAAAACUGGUAGGUUUAAGAAACUAUGAAGCAGAAACUUAUCGCAAGACAAAAGAUAAAAGAAUUAUAACAAAUCAACAAAAGAAAAAUCUCUUUAGUGAUACUGACACAGAAUACAUUGGCGAUGACAGCAAGACUGAUAUUAGCUGGCUGAGAGAAUCGAAAUCAAAGCCACAGCUGGUAGACUAUAGCAGAAAUAAAAAGGUGAAGAAACAUAAAACUAGGAGAGCAAGCUCAUCCUUGGAAAGACGGCCAGGAUUAAAAACGACAUGCAGGAAAAAUAUCACCAGAAACAUAGAUGAGACCAUUCCAGAUGGGAGGACCAGACUUCCGCGAAGAGCGACCACAACCAGAAAAAAUUAUAAAGAUCUCUCCACUUCAGAAUCAGAGAGUGAAGCAGAAUUUUCACAUUCAUUUAAGAAGAAACUGGUAGUAAAGGUAAAGCACCGCAGUCGGCUUGCAGCCAUUUCUGGAAGUCUCAGCGAGAACAGCCAUUCCCGAAGCAGCACCAGGAAGCAGCCGGAGAAACAACAGAGCGCCUUCUCCGGGGGCGCGUGGAAGGAAGCAGCAGCAGGCUGGAGCAGCGCCGUGCGGGACCAGCGCCGGGACGCGGCUGCCGUGCCGCUGUCGGGGAGUCCGUCCUCUGUAGAAGUCAUGAGAUGUGUGGAGAAAAUAGCAGAAAAAGAUCUAAGUCCGGAUUCCGACUGUAUAGCAAGAUCCUUAUCACCGUGUCCACAAACUUCACCUGAAUCCUUAUGCGGCCAGUACAGAGGAGGAGGACCAGGUGGCUCCCCCAGAAACAGUGAGAAAAACGUGUGUGCUGGGGAGAGCACCUCCUCCGCUCCACAGUCAGACCUUCUGCGUCCUAGCCGCAAACGCACGCACCCCGGAGGCCAUCUAAGUAAUUCCGACGAAGCAGAUUUGGAAGAGGUAAAGAGAAUACACUUGCUUCCCAGAAGCCUGUCUAAAGCCAAAGACGCAGACCUUCACGCUGACAAAAUGUCUGAAAGUACAUCUCCACUUUCACUAAAUGAUUUUUCUACUCCUGUGGAAAAGUGGGGAGGUGAAAUUUCAGAAGUAGGAAUGAUGUGUCAGAAGAUCAAUACCGAAUUACAGAGAAAAUGUAACAAUCGCCAGAAAAUAGUGGAAUAUUUUUCUAAGCAUACUUGGAAAAUGGUUCGCCAUCAUGUGAAAACAAUAAACCAUCAAAUUCAGGAGUACAGGAUUAAAAAACUUGAUAAAUUCCAGUUUACCAUCAUAGAGGAGCUGGAGAAUUUUGAAAGAGAUUCACAGUCUUUAAAAGACUUGGAAAAGGAAUUUGUGGACCUCUGGGAAAAGAUAUUUCAGAAGUUCAAAACCUAUCAAAAAGGUGACCAGCAGAGGCUCCACCUUUUGAAGGCUUCAUUGGAUAAAAAUGUCUUCUUUAACACUGAUUAUGAAGAAACUAUUUUUACAUCUGAGAUGUGUUUGAUGAAAGAAGACAUGAAAGUGAUACAAAACAAAUUUCUCAAGGAAAUGCAAGAAGAGGAGCUUCUUAAUGUGCGCAGAGGACUGCUGACAUUAUUCUUGGCUCAUGAAACAGAGAUGGGUGUGUGAUUCAAAGAAAAGCACACAUAACCACUAUAAUACGACCCCAAGACUAAACUGCUAUUUUGUUAGAGAAAAACUAAAGCUGUAUUACCGAUGAA